CUCGGAGAUGCGGCGAAAGCAGAAGAGGCUGCUGCAGGUCGCGCUGCUGCUGCUGCUGGUGUUGCUGUUGCUGCCGAGCGUCGGCUGGUGGUCCGCGUCUCUGGAGCGAGUGCUGGACAGCUCUGCGGACGCCGCCGGACUCUCGCACCUACAGAGAAUAAACAGACACAAAGUGCAGAACGACGGCGUUCGGAAGAAGGACUGGCAUGACUAUGCACUGAUGAAGAGUGAAGCGGCACGUUCAGGUGUCGGCGAGCAGGGCAGGCCGUAUCCGCUGACCGACUCGGACCGUGUGGACCAGGCCUACAGGGAGAACGGAUUCAACAUAUUCGUCAGCAAUCGCAUCGCCCUCAACAGAUCCCUGCCUGACAUCAGACACCCGAACUGUAAGACGAAGCUGUACACAGAAGAUCUUCCCAACACCAGCAUCAUCAUCCCCUUCCAUAACGAGGGCUGGUCGUCUCUGCUGCGCACCGUUCACAGCAUCCUCAACCGCUCGCCGCCGCAGCUCAUCGCCGAGAUCAUCCUCGUGGACGACUUCAGCGACAAAGAGCAUCUGAAGGCUCCUCUGGAGGAGUACAUGGUGCAGCUGCCAAAGGUUCGAAUCCUGCGCACUAAGAAGCGUGAGGGUCUGAUCCGGACCAGACUGCUGGGCGCCGCGGCUGCGAAGGGUCAGGUCAUCACGUUCCUGGACUCACACUGCGAGGCCAACGUCAACUGGCUGCCGCCGUUACUGGAUCGCAUCGCAGAGAACCGGAAAACGAUCGUGUGUCCGAUGAUCGAUGUGAUCGACCACGAUAACUUCGGCUACGAGACGCAGGCCGGUGAUGCGAUGCGAGGGGCUUUUGACUGGGAGAUGUACUACAAACGCAUCCCUAUCCCAGCUCAGCUGCAGAAACCAGACCCCAGCGAGCCGUUUGAGUCUCCGGUGAUGGCAGGCGGUCUCUUCGCUGUGGACAGGAAGUGGUUCUGGGAGCUGGGAGGAUAUGACACGGGUCUGGAGAUCUGGGGAGGAGAGCAGUACGAGAUCUCCUUCAAGGUGUGGAUGUGUGGCGGUCGUAUGGAGGACGUUCCCUGCUCUCGAGUCGGUCACAUCUAUAGGAAAUACAUGCCCUAUAAAGUGCCAGGCGGAGUGAGUCUUGCCAGGCUAAAGCAGUGCAGGUCUGUGGUGUGUCUCAGACGGAAAGCUGCGUCGGUAAAGAGUCCUCAGCAUUACACACUAGAACGAGACGCUAGGAUGCAGUUCAGUGAAUGACAGCCGUCUGCAUCUCCAGUGCUUUACAUUAAUCUGAAGCGUGUGGCUGAGGUGUGGAUGGACGAGUAUGCAGAGUUUAUCUACCAGCGGCGGCCGGAGUACCGGC